AUAUUUAUGUUUUGUAUUUUAUUGAAGUGUACAUGUAAUACAUACAAGGGAUUUGUUUGAUACAAUCUUUUUCUCCAAAGCAGUGUUACAACUGUAUUGUAAAGAUCUAUAACCAUUGAUGAGACGCAUAUCUAUCUUAGUUUAAAACGAUAUUACACAAUAUGGCAGACGUGGGUCAGGUAGAAGAAGAAAAUGGAAAGAAAAUUCUGAUUGCAGUUGACGGAAGCAAGCAUUCUAUUUUUGCGUUUGAAUGGUAUGCUGACAAAAUUCACGAGCCCACUGAUGACGUCAUUAUUGGUUUCUGUUCUGAAAUCGGCACUAACCUGCCAUCGAACGUGGCUCAGACCAGUCCAGCUACCCUGCAUGCUCUGAUAGAAAAGCAUGAAGAGAAGACAAAGGAAAUAUUUUCAACUUUCGACAGUCUCGCCACCAAAUAUAAUGUACAGCAUAAACUUGAACGAUUGCACGACCCACCUGGACCCUCUAUCGUGAAAUACGCCUACGAAAACAAUGUACAAUUAAUCGUGGUCGGAAGUCGUGGUCAUGGAACUUUCAGACGCACCAUUCUCGGCAGUGUUAGCGACUACAUUGUGCACCACUCCCACGUUCCCGUCAUCAUCUGUAAACACCAUGACGAACACCAUAAAUUUAAAUGAUCAAUGUGCUCGGUGACAUGCUUAAACAAAAAGUAUUAUACCUUAAUAGACAGAUUUUAAUAGAAUGAUCAAAUGUGAAAACGCGUUAAACCUGCGAAUGUUACAUUCUUAUUUUUUGUUCUUUCGUACCAAAUAUACAUUAGACACAAAUUCGUAUUUGAAAAAAAAUCGGAAGAAUACAUGUUUUGCAUAUGUUUUGGUAAACGCAGUAUUAAAGUGCACUACCAUUCAAAAAAAGAAGUUUUUCAACGAGUGAUUUUGUUUGAGUUGGCGGUAUAAUCAUUGUCUUUUGUUUCCCAAGUCUGCAGUUACUAGUAAAUGGGUAAAAGGAUUCGCAUUUAUACGUAGAAAUAAUUAACACGUCGAAAAUACAUGAUAGUAAAUGCAUUAAGUAACUGACA